CAAGCCCAUUCUUUGUCCCUCUUCCGUCGCCACUCUCUCUCUCUCUCUCUAUCUCUCUCUCUCACAACACCGCAAACAGCACCAAAGCUCACAGUACCAUGCUCUCCGUCCCUUCCCCUACUAUUCUCUUCGCUCCAUAUUUCUCGGUAAAGCUUCCAUCUCAAGCCUCGCCACGUGUCAGACUGACUCCUCCGUCCGCCUUCGCGGCCACUUCUACCGAGAGCCGCAGGACGACGUCGUAUAUGGCUGCCGCGACGGCGACGUGCACCUCGCUGUACGAGAUCCUCGGCAUCCACACGGGCGCCUCUUUUCAAGAGAUCAAGACGGCGUACCGGAGAUUGGCAAGGACUUGCCAUCCCGACGUCGUGGCCGCCCCCGAUCGGAAGGAUUCGUCUGCUGGCGAGUUCAUGAGGAUCCAUGCUGCCUACUCCACCCUGUCGGACCCCGAGAAACGCGCCGAUUACGAUCGCAAGGUUUUUCGUCGGUUCCGGCCGUUGACGGCGACCUCGGGGUUCUCCGGCUACACGCGCAGAAACUGGGAAACGGACCAGUGCUGGUGAUGGAGUUGAAAACUAAUCCAGAAUCCAGAUUUGAGUGAAGACGACGACAGAUAUGAUACAAUAUAUAUACUAUGACGGAUACGUACUGUACAGUAAAUAGAUGCAGUCUGCAGAAGCAUAAUAUUUCAAGCAUGCGUGCCGGUGACUGUUUUUCCACGAACCAUCUGCGUGUGGUUUGUUUUUUGAGCUGAAUCGCGCGGUGGUUGUUUCUAUUGCAAAUCAAGCUUGAUUAUGUUAAAGUCUAGUUUAGAAAUUAAGAGUAAUUAUUGGCUA